CAUGAACAAAGCACUGGCAGCAUUCAGCUUGGAUUCAGAGUGAGUGAAAAUGUCACUGCAAAAGCUCUUCAGCUGUCAUCUCAUAUUAGCACUCUCUAUAUGUCUUGUAGCGGAAAGUGCUAAUGUAUAUUACAGAUACCGUAUGUCAAGAUGCAUCUACAGCUCCUCUAACAUCAGUGACAUGGUGUAUUUUGACAACUACUAUUUCAAUAAAUAUCUAUUCAUUCAGUUUGACAGCACUUUGGGGAGAUUUGUGGGGUUUAAUGAGUAUGGAAUGAAACUUGCAGAGUUCUGGAACAGUGGCCCUUUAGUGCAUGAAGAAAGAGAUAUUGUGAACUGGUUCUGCAAAGGUAAUGCUGAAAUCUUUGACUCCAGUAUCAGUGAUAAAUCAGUGAAACCAAAUGUUAAGCUCAGUUCAGUGACGGGGGCUGGUGGCAGACAUCCAGCUGUGUUGAUGUGCAGCGCAUAUGAAUUUUAUCCUCCACACAUCAAAGUGUCCUGGUUGAGAGAUGGUAAACUGAUGACCUCUGAAGUGACCUCCACUAUGGAGAUGGCUGAUGGGGACUGGUUCUACCAGAUUCACUCUGAGCUGGAGUACACCCCCAAAUCUGGAGAGAAGAUCUCCUGUAUGGUGGAGCACGCCAGCUUCAGUAAACCCAUGAUCUAUGACUGGGAUCCGUCUCUCCCUGAGUCUGAGAGGAAUAAAAUUGCUAUUGGAGCAUUUGGUCUGGUGCUGGGAAUCAUUAUUGCAGCUGCUGGACUCAUUUACUACAAGAAGAAAUCAACAGGGAGGAUCCUAGUACCUCAGUAAUGAUGGUAGAUUUCUACUUAAACUCACUUGUUAAACUCAAUCACUUGGUCAAUAAUUAUGCAUAUUACAGGUCAUCGUUGUGACCGCAAGGGGACUAAUAAUGAACAAUUUAUCUUUAUGACAUCCUUCAUAAUACCUCCUUUCAUACACAAACCUAAUUUUCACAAUCAUUUAGAUAUUGCUUCAUUUCUAAAAGAUAAGACAAGAAAUAUAAAGAUAUAAAAAGAAGAAAUAUAACAUAAAAUCUGCUACUUUCAGGGCUGUGUUUCCCAAAACAACUAUGGCCGCAAUUCUGUCGUUAACAAUAGUUCAGUGAAACUUGCGACUAUAAUUAGCAAAAGAUGCUUUUGGGAAAUGCCUGGUACUGUAUGAAUGUCAGAUCAUAUUUGAGUAUAAGAACUUAUUCAAUGUGGACAAUUAUGUGAAUGAUGUGUAAAAUAUAAUACAUGAAAUACUGAGUAUAUUUAUUGUAUUUGUACAUAAUAAUGCAAUUGGAACCAAUGAGUCUGUUAAUGUUGAAAUGGAUACUCAUAAAAUAAAAGUAUUUGUUGCUAUGGUGAAUAAAUGGCAAUUAGA